AUGCCGGUCCAGUCCUACACAUCCUCAGAAGCCGGUGCCGAGCGUUGGUUCCAAAUCUGUCAAAAGCUUAGGCUAGUGACCUUCUUGUUGGUGCAUUCGCGUCCUCUCUUGAAUCCCAAGCCGCGAGUCGUCCAAGGACGCUAUCUCAGUCAGCUUCUGGACCUGGACCUGACCGUGCGACUCAGGGGUAUCGACAGAUGGACCGGGACGAACGAAGACUCUAAGUGUGGUUCAUUAUUGACGGCUCGCACCGUCUCUGCUAAACAACCUUAUCAUCGUGGGCCCAACGGUACCAAAGAAAAGACCAAGAUGGCUGUCUUUUCGCUUUUCAAGAAGUCUAGACAACAGGCCAAGGAGCACAAGCAAAAGCAGGCAGAGAAGGCCGCAGAGGCACCGAAACAGCCGUACAAGCACAUUCCUACUCAUGCCGCCAUCGACGCGCUUGCAGGAGCACCAUCAGCAUUUAAGCAUGAGGACCGACCCAGGAUUAUGGAACAGAACCGACGGCGAAGUGCGAUGGCCGCCAGCGGCUUGAGCAGAAUGCCCGGCCCAAGUCUGCCUCGCGUCUCAAGCAGUCUCUCGCACGUCACCUAUCCUUCCGCUCACGCCAGCCCGAUGGGCACUAUGCCUAGGGCAUACAGCUACAGCGGCGGUCCGCCCCCGAUGCCUUACUGGCAGGAACGCAAUACCAACUCCAUCUACGGAGUCCCCGACGGCAGCCGCAUCUCACUCAAGGGUUCACUCAAGGGCAAAGAGGUUGAUAGGUCGUAUGCUUCGGGGCGCAACAGUCCGUCAUCCAUCAAAGCCGAAUCUCCCACGGGUAGCUCAAGCCGCUCGACCAGCUCACAGGAGGACCUGGAGAUGAAGCCCGCUCGUCAUGUUUCCAUGCCACCUGCUGCCUCACAGGCACCUCGAAACCCGGCCGCUGCUGUUCACACCCACCGUCUUCACCCGAGUUCUCGCCGGGCAUCGGAUGCAUCGGAGCGUGCCGAUGGCUCUCCGAAAGCCGAGCACUCUUCGCCUUCUACAGACCGAAGCAAGCCGCCGCCGUCGAUGCGUGGAUUCAGUGCAAUCCCGGCAAUGACGUCUCUUCCCCCGAUGCAGUUCAACAACUCUCCGGCAACCCAGCAAAACAUGGUUGCCUCGUCAGCCGCCUCGACUGCUAGCGUCCGCUCUUCCUCGGGAUUCUCUUCAUUCAACUUCAAUAUCAACACCGGCGCCCCCUUCUCGGCGCCCAUGUCCGGACGAUCGUCGGCUGCUACUACACCAGCAGCUUGUGUAACGCCCGAGCCAGUGUAUGAGUCCGUCGAAGAAGAGGAAGAAGGCGGUUCCUAUACCUACGCCCCGCAACCUGUUGCAGCUGCGCCGUCUGCCUUGAAACAGAAGGACCGCCGCAGCACCUCCAAGUCCAAGGUCACGCGUUUCACCGAAUUGGAGACCAUCGACUCUCACACGGAGAAGGCAGUCAGCGUAGCCAGCAUCCCCUACGAGAACACUCGCCGCGACACCACACCGCCGCAUGUCAUCAACAACGCCGUCGCCGUCGAAAUGGUCAGCGCCGCGCCGUCUGAAGUCGUUUCUAGCAACAAGGCCGGAAAGCGCCUUUCGAAGCAAGCCGGCUCCAAGCUGACUAAGAAGAGCCGUUGGUCAACAAAGAGCUCAUCCGCCGUUGCCGUUUAA